AUGGGCGGCGCCCACGCAGAGCGCCCCGUCACGUCAUGGGCGGAGAGCCGCCCAUCCUCACAGCCCCGCGGCGCUCACACUGUGGAAGAGACGCCACAACAAGAUACAGAGCUAAUAGACAAGACACAGCCACAACAAGACACAGAGCUAUUAGACAAGACACAGCCACAACAAGAUACAGAGCUAUUAGACAAGACACAGCCACAACAAGAUACAGAGCUAUUAGACAAGACACAGCCACAACAAGACACAGAGCUAUUAGACAAGACACAGCCACAACAAGACACAGAGCUAUUAGACAAGACACAGCCACAACAAGACACAGAGCUAUUAGACAAGACACAGCCACAUCAAGACACAGAGCUAUUAGACAAGACACAGCCACAACAAGAUACAGAGCUAUUAGACAAGACACAGCCACAACAAGAUACAGAGCUAAUAGACAAGACACAGCCACAACAAGAUACAGAGCUAAUAGACAAGACACAGACACAACAAUAUAGGUGUUAA